AUGUUCGCCAUGAUCUUCGUAAAGGCAUGCUCAUUGGCCUUUCACGCUAUCAACUUCUACGUUAUUGGCAGGCACGGGGUACCCGAGGAAGGCUGGGCUGUGAUGUACUACAUUUCUCACAUGACUCGAGGUUUCCUUCUGUUUGUGACCAUCCUCAUGAUUGGCGCCGGCUGGACCUUCAUAAAGCACGUCUUCAGUCGACGUGAAAAGCACCUCUUUGCCAUCAUCAUCCCUCUUCAGGUGAGAUUGCACAGUCGUAUGUUGGUCCAGGCACACAACACUAAUUAA